AUGGACGUGAACGUGGACCUGGACGGGGACGUGGACGUGGACGUGGACGUGGACGUGGACGUGGAGGACGUGGACGUGGACGUGGAGAACUUGGACGUGGACAUGGACCUGAACGUGGACGUGGACGUGGAGGACUUGGACAUGGACAUGGACGUGGACGUGGACGUGGACAUGGACGUGGACGUGGACGUGGACGUGGACCUGGACGUGGACAUGGACGUGGACGUGGACGUGGACGUGGACGUGGACGUGGACGUGGACGUGGAGGUGGACGUGGACGUGGACAUGGAGGUGGACGUGGACGUGGACGUGGACGUGGACGUGGACGUGGACGUGGAAGUGGACGUGGACGUGGACGACGUGGACGUGGACGUGGACGUGGACGUGGACGUGGACGUGGAGGACGUGGACGUGGACGUGGACGUGGAGAACUUGGACGUGGACAUGGACGUGAACGUGGACGUGGACGUGGACGUGGAGGACUUGGACGUGGACAUGGACGUGGACGUGGACGUGGACAUGGACGUGGACGUGGACGUGGACGUGGACGUGGACGUGGACAUGGACGUGGACGUGGACGUGGACGUGGACGUGGACGUGGACCUGGACAUGGACGUGGACAUGGACGUGGACGUGGACGUGGACGUGGACGUGGACAUGGACGUGGACAUGGACGUGGACGUGGACGUGGACGUGGACGUGGACAUGGACGUGGACGUAGACGUAGACGUGGACGUGGACGUGGACAUGGACGUGGACGUGGACGUGGACGUGGACGUGGAGGACGUGGACGUGGACGUGGACGUGGACGUGGAGGACGUGGACGUGGAGAACUUGGACGUGGACAUGGACGUGAACGUGGACGUGGACGUGGAGGACUUGGACGUGGACAUGGACGUGGACAACUUGGACGUAGACUUGGACGUGAACGUGGACGUGGACGUGGACGUGGAGGACUUGGACGUGGACAUGGACGUGGACGUGGACGUGGACAUGGACGUGGACGUGGACGUGGACGUGGACGUGGACGUGGACAUGGACGUGGACGUGGACGUGGACGUGGACGUGUGGACGUGGACAUGGACGUGGACGUGGACAUGGUCACGUGGACAUGGACGUGGACGUGGACAUGGACGUGGACGUGGACGUGGACGUGGACGUGGAGAACUUGGACGUGGACAUGGACGUGAACGUGGACCUGGACGUGGACAUGGACGUGGACGUGGACGUGGACGUGGACGUGGACAUGGACGUGGAGGUGGACGUGGACGUGGAGGUGGACGUGGAGUGGACGUGGACGUGGACGUGGACGUGGACGUGGACGUGGACGUGGACGUGGACAUGGACGUGGACAUGGACGUGGACGUGGACGUGGACGUGGACAUGGACGUGGACGUAGACGUAGACGUGGACGUGGACAUGGACGUGGACGUGGACGUGGACGUGGACGUGGAGGACGUGGACGUGGACGUGGACGUGGACGUGGACGUGGAGAACUUGGACGUGGACAUGGACGUGAACGUGGACGUGGACGUGGACGUGGAGGACUUGGACGUGGACAUGGACGUGGACGUGGAGUGGACGUGGACGUGGACGUGGACUGGACGUGGAGUGGACGUGGACGUGGACAUGGACGUGGACGUGGACGUGGACGUGGACGUGGACGUGGACGUGGAGGACGUGGACGUGGACGUGGACGUGGACGUGGAGAACUUGGACGUGGACAUGGACGUGAACGUGGACGUGGACAUCGACGUGGAGGACAUGGACGUGGACAUGGACGUGGACGACUUGGACGUGGACGUGGACGUGGACGUGGACGUGGACGUGGACGUGGACGUGGACAUGGACGUGGACGUGGACGUGGACGUGGACGUGGACGUGGACGUGGACGUGGACGUGGACGUGGACAUGGACGUGGACAUGGUCGUCGACGUGGACGUGGACGUGGACGUGGACAUGGACGUGGACGUGAACAAGACGUGGACACGUGGACGUGGAGAACUUGGACGUGGACAUGGACGUGAACGUGGACCUGGACGUGGACAUGGACGUGGACGUGGACGUGGACGUGGACGUGGACGUGGACGUGUACGUGGAGGUGGACGUGGACGUGGAGGUGGACGUGGAGUGGACGUGGACGUGGACGUGGACGUGGACGUGGACGUGGACGUGGACGUGGACGUGGACAUGGACGUGGACAUGGACGUGGACGUGGACGUGGACGUGGACAUGGACGUGGACGUGGACGUGGACAUGGACGUGGACGUGGACGUGGACGUGGACGUGGAGGACGUGGACGUGGACGUGGAGGACGUGGACGUGGACGUGGACGUGGACGUGGAGAACUUGGACGUGGACAUGGACGUGAACGUGGACGUGGACGUGGAGGACUUGGACGUGGACAUGGACGUGGACGUGGGGUGGACGUGGACGUGGACGUGGACGUUGACGUGGACGUGGACGUGGACAUGGACGUGGACGUGGACGUGA